UUUCCUGCUCACACCAGUGAGCAGACAGCAGGUGGCGACAUCGAGUCUCCAGAGGACGACUGGACGAUAAUUACAGCAGCUGAAGAAGAAACUGUGGAAGCUUCGUGUUCUCUGAGGAAAGCAGUAAGGAACGAUGUUCUCCUCAGAGAGAGCUUCAGGUUCUCGGUGCCGGUCCUUCAGUGGGCGGGAAGUUUGUCCAAACCAUCCUGGGAACAGCUGAAGAACCGGGCGCCUCCGUACGGCUGGAAGGGACUUCCUGUUGACGUUGUGGACUCGGCUCUCUCCCUCCUCAACAGCUCUCGUCUGUUCGAGCGAGGUUCACCUGCCAGGUGCGUUCGCUGCGCUGUGGUUGGAAACGGAGGAAUCCUCCGAGGGUCCCGACAGGGAAGGAACAUCGACCGCCACGACUUCGUCUUCAGGGUGAACGGAGCUGUGAUUAAAGGGUUUGAAGAAGACGUUGGGACGAAGAUUUCCUUCUAUGGAUUCACCACCAACACCAUGAAGAACGCCCUCCGGAUGUAUCGCAGAGACGGAUUCACCAGGAUCCCUCAGAGUCCGGACCUGAAGUUCGUCUUCAUCCCCUCUGACCUCAGAGAUUAUGUGAUGAUGACGGCGGCGGUUCGGAGUCAGACCGUCAACUCAGGUAGAGACAAAGGAGACAGACCCUGGAGAUACUUCGGUCACAAACCUCCUGAAAACUUCAAGAUUCUCCACCCGGGUUUUAUUUCCUACAUCACACAGAGCUUCCUGCCGUCUCGUCUGAUGACCAACGUCAGGACUCGAGACCUCUACAUGCCGAGCACCGGAGCUCUGAUGCUGCUGACCGCCUUACACACCUGUGAUCAGGUUUCUGCGUACGGCUUCAUCACCGGGAACUACGCGGCAUUCUCCGACCAUUACUACGACUCUGUGAUGAAGCCGCUGAGGUUCUUCAUCAACCACGACAUGCAGAUGGAGAGACGCCUGUGGGAGGCGCUGCACCGCCGCCGGGUCCUCAGGCUGUACCAGAGGAGGGGCGGCGGCUGAGCGACGGGACGGACGAGAACUUUAUCUCCACAAACUAUUGGCACUACGUAGCUUCCAUAAAGCUUUAUGUUUAAAUGGAAACUACAGUCCAACUGGUACGACGGAGUGUUAGAGCCAGACUGAAUUGGAAAUUACGAGAAUAAAGUCGUAAUAUUACCAGAACAAAGUCGUAAUAUUACCAGAAUAAAGUCGUAACAUUACGAGAAUAAAGUCGUAACAUUACGAGAAUAAAGUCGUAAUAUUACGAGAAACAAAUCGUAAUAAUACGAGAAUAAAGUCGUAAUGUUACGAGAAACAAAUCGUAAUAAUACGAGAAUAAAGUCGUAAUGUUACGAGAAUAAAGUCGUAACAUUACGAGAAUAAAGUCGUAAUAUUACGAGAAACAAAUCGUAAUAAUACGAGAAUAAAGUCGUAAUAUUACGAGAAACAAAUCGUAAUAAUACGAGAAUAAAGUCGUAAUGUUACGAGAAAAAAGUCGUAAUAAUACGAGAAUAAAGUCGUAAUAUUAUGAGAACUGUCAGCCUGUUGGCUCAGCCAGUAAAACUGUUUAACGACGAAUGAUCAAUACGUUAGUUUACGGCUGCUGAUUAGUUGAGCUGCUCACGUCAGAUCUUUUUUCUUGUAUUAUUAUGACUUUAUUCUCGUAAUAUUACGACUUCAUUCUCAUAAUUUCCAGUAAUUAUUCUUAGUCUGGCCCUAACACUCCGUCGUAAAAUGGUUUCUUUAAUAAUCAGCAGUUACAGUUUUAUUGUCUCAUAAUUCUGCCUGAUAAACUGAAAGUUUAAAGAUUUUGAUCCCGAUAAAGAACCAAAUAAACUGUAUAAAACUUUCUGCAAUGUGAAAAAGUAAAAUUUAAAUCUUUGAGUUUUAAUUAGAUUCAGUAAAAACAUUUCAGUCGACUAAUUUCUGUAAUUUUUCAUUUGUACUGUAGAAACAAUUUACCCCGUUAAACUACUUUACUACUGUUUUUAACUUACAAAGUUUGUGUGACUUUAAAUUUUUAAUGUAAACUUUUCUAACUUCUCUCAUUACUGUUGAGAAAACUUAUAAUUUAUAUUAUAAAAAACUUAAAUCUGUAGUUCAAACAUUGAUCACAGUGAACCUGAAUUUUAAUUAUUUUAGUUUUUGAGAAUUAUAAAGUUUUUCACUUUAAUGAGUUUUCUGAACAAUUUAAGUUUUUCAAAAGAAGAAACUUUAAAUUAUAAUUUUCUCAGCAGUUUGUAUUUUCUGAUAAAUACAUUGUAAAGUUUCAGUUUGUAUGUAUUUAAUUUUUUUUUAUUUGUAUGUAAAUAUUAGAGUUUGUAUAAAGAGUUUUGCCUCUUUAAUGUCUUAAGUGUGAAAUCCUGCUGCAGUCAAAUGUUGAGGCAGAUUUCGUUUAAUAAUCUGUGAUUUUAUUUUUGUCUUUUGUUUGUUUUAUUGCACUGAUGUAAUUUAUUUACAGUAAAUGUUUCACUUUUGAAGUUUGAAGUAAAUAUUUUGAUAAUUUUAGUAUAUUUUUUGUUUACUCUUUGCUCAUUGAUGAUGUAAUAAUGGAGAAAAGUUUAAAAUCAAAACUUGAA